GCGCUCCGCUCGUGUGCUGUGCAGCUGCGGACCGGAGCCCCAGUUCCAGGAGCAGUGAGCGAAGCCGCGCCUCCGUCGCGCGCUUUGUGCUCUCCGUGUGUGUUUCGUGGCGCGCGCGCGCGCGUCAGCCUCUUCAGGGUUUUCGUUUCUGCGGCGGAUACACACGUGUCACGAGACAACGACGGCGCCUUAGCCGUCGCUGUAGCAGAGAAGGCAAUGCGCUUCUCAUGUGAAUUCUGCGCCGCGUUAUUGGUGGUGUUCGCACUGGCGGUCGCCGUACUGUGCGAAAAAGACGGCGGGAGCCUCGUGCUUGCUACGGCAGUGCCCGCUCAGGAUAACCCCCGCAUCGGAGAGACUGCCCAGACGAAACACGCGGAAAACGGAACAGCUGAGGUUGAGCCGACCGCUACUUCGCGGAAGGACGUGAUACCGGCUGGGCAGACCAUUUCUGCAGAACAUUCUAGCAGGAACGACGUUUCGAACGAAGAGGCAGGAAGCACUCCUGCGACAUCACCGAAUAAUGCGCCCAGCGUAGCUGCCAGCGAACGAACCGCUCUGAACUCUACGAGCAGCAACAACAACAGUACGAGCAACGGGGUCACUGUCGGCACCUCGACGGCGUUGCCUCAACAGGCGUUCAGCGCUGCUUCCACGGCUCAAAACCCAGACCCCAAGCUGGCUACGGCCACGUAUAAGAGUCGCGAUGAGCCAAAGCCGCAACCGACCAUCCACAGUUCUUCGUCUGAUAGCACUACUGCCGCCACUCAACAUGGCAUCGGUGUCCUGGCACAUGGGCAGGAAGACGGGUCUAGUCAAGUCACCGAGGACGCUGUAGUGACCGGACGCAGCAAUUCAUCAACAACACAGAAAACGGUUGCUCCUACCACUGGGUCUUCGAUUUCCACGGCGGCGCCGUCUUCGGUUCGACCAGAGACGGCAACAGUGCUGAUCAGGCUAGACGAAGUCGCAUCGUCGCUAGGAGCAUCGCCUACAUGGCACGGACCACAUUCUACCGUGACGGCGCCUCCCAAACUAAAGAAACCGCCCGAGAAGACUAAAACGACUUCCUCUUCUGUCACUCCUCACCAAACAGCCGCAGCAAAGGAAGUAACACCGUCACCGUCUCGAGAAGUAGCUAAAAACACUUCGUCAUCCCCUCCUAGCGGCGCAGCCUCUGCAGUCGCCGCGAUGACAAACAUAUCAGAAGGAGAAGAAGUAAGUAUUACCGUGAUACCAGAACAAGAGGAUCAAGUAUCUAAAAACGAAUCCACGUCUUCAGGACAUGGGAAAGCCGUGACAGAGAGGUUCAAGGAAACCACAAUAACAACUGAUAACGUAGAGAGGUUAGCGUCAGCGAGUACGACUACGACAGUGCGAAGCCAAAUUUUUUCAUACGUGAACUACACGGAUGAGGAUGAUGCCGCUGAAACAGCGCACGAAAAGUCCUCUACUGAGAAGUCCAAUGAAACGGAAAAGGCAACCAAUCUAAAGACCAUAGAUUUUCACGAAUACUCAACAAGAGAAACUCACCAAUCGGUUCUCGCUCCGCUCCCGGCGGCAUCUCAAACGCUCCAGCCAGAAGUUCCGUCCACUUUAGGUGAGCGGAAGAACGCCACACUCCACUCUCUCCCUGAAUUUCCUGUGAACUUAUCUGGCCUGAAUAGCUCUACUUCGGUCGUAGUAAGUGUCUCUUUCUCCGGCGAUGACAACGAAGCCUUUGUGGCCACCAAAGACAAUGUAUCGUUGCCCAAUAUCAUGCCAGAGCCAUCUCAGUCAUCAGACUUGCGGAACCUCAUUUCGAAUUACAAUAUUAGCUCCCCGAAAAUUGGCGAAAAUUUCACUUCAGCGAAGAGCUCCAACGGAUCCGGUCAUGUUUCAGUUUUUCGCCCAAGCUCUACUCAGCACCGUAAGUACAGCCCUCCGACGAGGAGGACGACGGCCGCACCAUCGGUGAGCACGCCCAGCGUUGUCGCCGCCAAAAACCAUCACCUUGGUAGAGCUGGUCUUCACUUACCGACGCGCAAAACCACUCCCGGUGCGCCGGGCUCUGCAACACACAAGCCUCACUUGGGUCGCAGCGGCACUCGUGCUCCAUUCGGCAACAUCGGUAGCACGCGGCGCACGACGCUUGGAACCAAGGCCACGAUCCGACCGCUGACGAAGAUCUUCGACCGCGCGCGCACACGGCCGCACACUAAGGCGACAACACCACGUCCCAACCGGGGACCCCGUAUUCGAAUCACCACCGGCAAGCCGACGCGUAAGGGCUUCCCCAUCGGGCCGAAGCCGACGCUGGGAAACGAGACAAACUUCGACCUGGACGCCUACACUCGCCUUCUGCACAUCACACGGCGUCCAUCGCGUCCUCCGGAGCCGACAUGGCGCACGACGUUCUUCAACCUGACGGAUCCAACGCCAGCGCCCAAUGAAGUCGAGGCGCCCGUCAUACGCGUGGCUGGCAUUGCGAAGAUCGUCGAGGGCUGGGAGUGGUCGCCACUGCUCGGUGAUCAUAACACGCACGAGUUCCGCUACUUGGCCUACACUAUGCGGCGAAUGCUUGCAUCAAUUUUCCGCAGGACUUCUGAAGGAAGGUACCUUUACCGUGUAGAUAUCGACGGAUUCAGUCCGGGCAGUGUCAUCGUGGACUACUUCGUCCUGUUCUAUCAGCGAGGCGGACCCGUGGACCCUAUUGAACUUGCUUCGGCAUUCAAUUCUCAGCUUGGCACCAACGGGUCUCUAGGCGAGGAGUUCUUCCUGGAUCCGACCUAUACGCAGUUUGAAGUGGUCGGCGUGGUACGGCCCAAGCCCCUGGCCUCAUCCUCUGCCGAGCCACCGGUGCCGCAGUGGGCCAUCGCUGUCAUUGUCAUCGCCACAGCAUCGCUAAUCUUCAUCGUUCUCUUCGGAGCUGUCACGAUAUACGGUCGCACGGCCGAACGGCGCAAGUACAACAAUCGGCUGCAAGACGAUGACCUGGAGAACGUGACGCCAUCUCCUAGCAAGGAGUGGGAGAGCAAGCUGGCCGCGUCGUACGAGAAUUUCGCCGCCGACAGCGUGUAUGACACAGAGGACCUGCACUCGCCCCCACCUUCUCACGAUCCGUUCCAGUACGACGACCGGUACAAGUCAUGGUAGGAGGAUAUUGAGCGGAAGCAGCAUCAUAUGCAGCUUCAGCUCGAAUACCAGCAGCGCCAGCUAAAGAAGGAACAAGAACA